AUGACGGCCGCCGGCCCUUUCUCUCUGACACAUGACACCGCUACACAGAAAUGCUGGUGUCGCAAGUCCUGGAUGGGCAUCAAUAGGCUGUACAAGAUAAUGACAGAAAAGAAGGUUCAUGCCCAAAUUGAGCUCCCUCGCAUAACACCACACAGGCUCAUUCAAAUGUUGAGUGAUGAGCAUGUCUUGGUACAUAAGAUAAUACAGAUAUCACGACAUAAAAAUGUAAACAGCAUAAAUAACUAUCGCCACUUAAAUAAUGAUCAAUCAAAUCUAACAUACUUUCUUCAACCCAGUGCAAUGACAAUAGCGGACGGGUCUGCCAUAGAGAAAAGCGUUAACAUCACUGCGCCUUAA